AUCCGCAACCACUUGCGUGUAGUUCAUAAUUGUGUGUGUCUGGUCGUCAUCUCCCCUUUCCACUUUCAGAAAACAACCAAUUUUUGCUCUGUUUCUUUUCACAAACUUAGCUUUUAUGAAAUUCACAAUCCCAUAAUUAAUAUUAUUACUUCACCUUGCGUUUGUUAGCGACCCAGAUUCAUAUUUCCUUCCAUUUCUUCCCACUUUUCACCUAAAUUUUUGUUAAUUUUUGACUUGUGAGGAAGAAAGAGAACGGAAGAAGCAGGCGAAGCCCUAGAAUUUCGGCAUGGCUUCGUCGAAUGUGGAGAUUGCGUCCACGUCGAAGAACAAUCCGGAUCUGCCGCGUGAGUCCUCUGUUUGUUCUAUUUCCACAAUUAUCGCUGAUCUACAGCAUAGUGAUCCCUCCAGGAAUUUGGUUUCCAUGAGCAUGGAUGACCUGCUUAAGAACAUUUAUUCCGAUGGUCAAACUCACAAUCAACCGCAGCCGGAGAAUCCCAUUAUGCCUGCCUCGAUCCCCACCCAAGACACCUUUCCUUUGCCCAAGGAUUUGAGCACCAGGUCUGUUGAGGAGGUCUGGAAGGAGAUCGUUGCUGGGGGUGGUGAUCAGAGGCGGGAGCCUGCUACGGAUCACGAAAUAACCCUUGAAGAUUUUCUAUCUAAGGCUGGGGCUGUUCACCAGGAGGAUGUCAGGAGGGUCCCUGUAAUCUCCGAAGCUGGGGGUUAUGGUGUCGACUCGACGCUUAAUAAUCAGUUUCAGAUUCCGCCGCAGCAGUUGGAAGGUGCGCCGGUUGGGUACGCUAGUGGAAUCGAUGGGAGAAUGGUUGGAGUUGGAAGAGGGAAGAGAAGGGCUGUUGAGGAACCAGUUGACAAAGCCACACAGCAGAAACAGAGACGGAUGAUCAAGAACAGGGAAUCCGCUGCCCGCUCCAGGGAACGCAAGCAGGCAUAUACGCUAGAGCUAGAGUCUCUCGUGACCCAACUGGAGGAGGAAAAUGCACGGCUAUUGAGAGAAGAGGAUUUCUGUAUGUAUCUGAGUCUAAAUCAUCAUCCAUUCAGAAGUUCUGAGGAAUCAAAUUCUAAAUGCAGGCUGAGCACAUCAAGGAACGGUCUAAGCAGCUCAAGGAGAAACUCAUUCCGAUCAGCGAGAAGCGGAGGCCACCACAGCGCAUUCUUACAAGAGCAAAUUCUUUUUAGUGGUAGCGGGUAUGCUCUGAAUCUGUGGAGGGAUGGAAUGAGUGUUUUAAUUUACAGUUGUUAAUCAUACAAAACUGGGUUGUGUCUGCCAAUGAAAAGGGGUAUAUAACCAAGUUAGUGAUGUCAUAGAGAUAGAUAUUUGGGGAAUAAAACACAAAACUGUCCAA